AUGGACGAAAAGGGCGGCGGACUGCCCCCAUACAGCGCCAUAGCGCCUCCCCCUCCGGCAUGGAAGAGGAAGAAGAUGCGCCGGUCCAGAGGCCUCAAGUUCCUCGCGGUCGCCUGCAUGGGCUUCAUCGCCUAUGCCCAGUGGAAACAGCUUCCCUCACGCUCUGAGCCCGUCAACGGCAACGUCACGGUCCACGGCUUGUCGGUGCAACGCUUGCACGACGACCUCGCCACCUGCUCCAAGCUGCGCCAGAAGCCCCAGGACCCCAUCGGCGAGGGUCGCGAGAAGAAUGCCCGCUACAUCGACGGCCAUGCCCCUACCCUCAUCAAGAACGCCACGGUCUGGGUUGGAGAGCCGGCCAAGGGCACCUCUGCUGCCGAUGCGCGCAAGGGUAAAGGCUACAGCUGGAUCAAGGCCGACGUCUACCUCGAGUAUGGCCUCAUCAAGAAGGUCCAGUCCGACAUUUCCGCCUCCAGCCUGCCCAAGGGCACUCAUGUCUUUGACGCCAAGGGCCGUCCCCUUACCGCCGGCAUCAUCGACAUGCACAGCCAUGCCGGCGUAGACUCGUUGCCUAGCCUUGACGGAAACGAAGAUACCAAUGAACUCUCGGCGGAUAUCACCCCCUUUGUCCGCUCCAUCGACGGCAUCCAGCCCGAUGACCACCAGAUCCAGGUUAUCAAGUCCGGCGGUGUUACCACCAGCUUGAUUCUGCCCGGUUCGGGCAACAACAUGGGCGGUGAAGCUUAUGCUAUCAAGCUGGCUGUCGGCAAGCCCGAUGGUCGCAACGAGACCAGUGCCGCCGACAUGCUGGCUGAUCCCGAACGCAACUGGAGGUUCAUGAAGAUGGCCUGCGGUGAGAAUGCUAAGCGCGUUUACGGCAGAGUCGGAACCCAGGGCCCUACCAGCCGUAUGGGCGAGAGCUGGGAGUUUCGUCACGCCUUUGAGCAGGCAAGCAAGUUGGUGCGCGACCAGGAUGACUGGUGUGAUGCCGCCGCUGCAGUCGGCGUGGAGAACGUGAAGGGAUAUCUUCCCCAGGAACUGAAGUGGGAGUCGCUCGGCGCCUUGUUGCGCGGUCAGAUUCACCUCAACACUCACUGCUACACCAUUCCCGAUCUCGAGGCUUUCGUCGAUCACACCAACGAGUUCAAGUUCAAGGUCCGGGCCUUCCAUCAUGCCCAUCAGACCUAUUUGGUACCAGAGAUUCUCAAGCGCGCCUAUGGUGGUGACCCUCCUGCCUCUGCCAUCUUUGCCGACAACAUGUACUACAAGGCCGAGUCCUACGUCGGUUCCGAGUUUGCUGGAAUGUACCUUUGGGAUAACGGCUUGACGCCCAUCUAUGUUAGCGACAACCCGGUUCUCAACGCUCAGCACGUUCUGUUUGAGGCCGCCAAGGGCCACAAGUAUGGCUUGCCCUACCACGCUGCCCUCGCAUCCGUGACUACCGCUCCGGCUGAGCGUCUUGGCUUUGGUGACAGACUGGGCAAGAUCAAGCCUGGAUUUGAUGCCGAUGUCGUUGUCUGGGACAGUGAUCCUCUCGAGGUCGGCGCCACUCCUGUGCAGGUGUGGAUUGACGGUACUGCCCAGUACGAGGACCCCAUCGAGCUGAACAAGCCGGUUCCCAAGUUGAUCUUCCCCGACGAGAGCGCCGCUACCGUUGUUGAGGAACCUGUCGAGAUGAACUCGGUUGUCUUCACUGGUAUCACCAAGGUUCUUGCCGACGUUGAGGUCAAGGGUGGAAGCAAUGACAAGUCCUACAGCGCCGUCAUCCGCAACGGCAAGGUUACCUGCAUCGGUGUCUGUACUGAUGAGGUGCGCAUGGCUACUACCUCCAAGGUCCCCGUCAUUGCGCUCAAGGACGGUCACUUCACCGGUUCCUUCACGGCCCUUGGCUCCCAGAUCGGCCUAAACGCCAUCGACGCUGAAGACUCCACCGACAACGGCGACAACGUCAACGUCUUCACCCGCGCCGAGGACGCUCUCACUCUCGACACCAAGAAGCUGCACGCCGCCUACAAGUACGGUGUCACCAAGGCCAUCACCGCGCCCAAGUUCACCGGCGGCAAGACCCACCACGGCACGAGCGUCGGCUUCCUCACCGGUGCCACCAACUCUCUCGCCAAAGGCACCAUCUUCGCCAGCGACGUCGCCGUCCACUACAGUCUAGACCCCGACGCCAAAGAAGCCGAGGGCAUCCCCUCCCUGUCCGCUGCCGUCGGCGCCCUCCGCCGCAAACUUCUUCAGGCGGCCACCAAGCUCAAGAAGAAGGAAGACAUCGAGCCCGCCGACAUCUACGCCGAGUCCACCUUCCUCCAAAAGGUCGUCAACGGCUCCCUCCCCCUCGUCCUCACCAUCCACAACGCCGACAUCAUCGCCGCCGCCCUCCGGGUCAAGAAGGACGUCGAGGCCGUCACCGGCACUAAGAUCCACCUCGCCAUCUUCGGCGGCGCCGAAUCCCACCUCGUAGCCGACGACCUCGCUGCCGCGAACGUCGGCGUCGUCCUCGCUCCUCUCCAAAGCUACGCCACAUCAUGGGACCAGCGCCGCGCUCUCUCCGGUGCGCCGCUCACCAACGGCACGGCUAUCGACGUGCUUCUCGACGCUGGCGUCACCACGGCUAUUGGUCUCGAGGAGGACUGGCUGGUUAGAGACCUCGGAUUGCUGGCCGGCAUUGCGUAUGCGAAUGGAGGCGGCAAGUUGAGCGAGAAGAGCGCGUUGGGACUGGUUAGUGGGAAUGUGUAUAAGAUUUUGGGAGCGAAGGAGCCGAAGGUGGAGGAAGGACACUUUUUGGUGUAUGAGGGUAGUCCGUUGAGGAUUAAUGGACGGGUUAAGGCGGUGGCGGGGGGUUGGGGUUUGUUAGUGUUUUUUGAGGAGUGA